AGGGCGCUAGUCAAAAUAACUGCGAGAAAAAUAAGCAAACAGAUCACUCACUGGAAAAACGGCGAACAAGGUGCUCCAAAAAGAGCCGAUUUUAGUGCUCACCUGUAAAAUGUCCGCCAAGUAGCAGUAAUUAAGCAUCUUAACGCUCAGCAAGCCUCUGGGUACCAGACAGUACACCCACCCAGAUGGUAUCUCCAUGGAGAUGUACGACAAAGUGACGACCCUAGGGACAGGGUCAGGAGGAGCGGUGUAUUUGGUCCGACACAAGGAAACAAAAAAGUUACAAGCUCUGAAGAAGAUCCAGCUUGAUGAGAAACGCAAGACUCGUACUAGGGAGGCGGUCCAACGCGAGGCUAACAUCCUAUCAGAGCUCAGACAUCCACACAUUGUCACUUACUACGAGUCGUUCUUUGAGGAGACGCCAGACGCUGUGCAUCUCUGCAUUGUGCAGGAUUACUGUGAUGGAGGCAACCUGGAUGAGAAGAUUCAGAGGCACAAGAAUCGUGGAGAGAAUCUCGAGGAAAGCCAGAUCAUGCAGUGGUUUAUACAGCUGCUCAUGGCUGUACAGUACAUACACUCCAUGAAAAUACUACACAGAGAUUUGAAGGCACAGAAUGUCUUUCUUACCAAGAAGAAUAUGCUGAAGUUAGGUGAUUUUGGCAUAGCCAGGACAUUAGAGCACACCAUCGACAAAGCUAGUACAUGCGUUGGCACACCAUGCUACCUCAGCCCAGAGCUGUGCCAAGAUAUCCCGUACAACAACAAGUCCGAUUUAUGGGCCUUAGGAUGUCUUUUGUUUGAGAUGUGCGCCUUUGCUCCAGCCUUUGAUGCAAAUAAUCUUAUAAGUCUCUUCUACAAAAUUGUAAAGUGUGAAUAUGCAGAAAUUCCGUCCAUGUAUUCAGAUGAUAUGAAGCAGCUGAUAGCAGCAAUUCUAGUCAAGGAACCAGACCAAAGACCAGGAGCGAAUGCUCUGCUAGCCUUCCCCUUCGUCCAGAAACAUCUCAACCUCUUCAUCACCGAGAAGGAGGUCCAGUGGCAACAGGUGCUGCUGGUUAGGCAGUCCAUAGAUUCCAACGCAUCGGACAACGGCAGCAAAGCGAAGAAGGCGGAUCACAGCCACAAUAUAGAUACCCCAGUCAGGAGACCCUUGGAACCCAAGGAUUCUGGGGAAUACUCGGACGACUUCUCUAGCAGCGAGAACGGCGAUGAUGAUGACGAUGAUGAUGUAGUAGAUGAGGUGCUCAGUGAAUGCAGCAGUAAGAAUGGAGAUGAAGACAUCGAAGAGAUUGUCGAAGAAGUUGUCGGGAGUUGCAGUGACGACGACGAUGCGGACCCAUCCCGGGGGCUGCUAAGCCCCUCCCCUCAUUCAUCUGCAGCCACGCCCUCCCCCAACCACAACGGGGGGAAGACCCCUAGCCCUCUCACCCAGCCGGGAGACCAAGAGUAUGCUGACGACUUUGAGGAUGUCGACUCAGAUGCGAAUUUGAAAGAGAUCUUGAGCCACGCCCGGACGGCCAUUGGGGUUGAGGCAAAUUAUGAAGAUGACUUUGAAGACGAAAUGGAAGAGGAACAGAGACCGACCUCCAGAUGCAAACAGCUGCUUAGAGAACACUGCAUCGAUUCUCUUGGUGAGGAGGUUUUUGCCAAGAUCCAGGCCCAGUGUGGCAAGCGUGCAUCCUCCAGUCCUGAGGAACUCUCUCAAGACAUGGUCAGCCUUCAGUUGAAGCACACUGUGGAGAACGAUCACAUGGAGACAUGCUACCUGGUUAGUGAGCUUCUUGGGGAGACGGCGGCAACGUAAACCAGUUUGUGAAACGGGACCAUGUUUUUAAAAAUAAACUCCAAGUUUUUUAACUAAAAACAAAGACCUUGCAUUAUAUGUUGAUGAGCAAUUACAAAUGUCAGACACAUGCAAUGGCUAUUGGUAAGGGCCAGUCAUAACUCGAACCCGGGACGAGUUCCAGACACGUUGCGGGUAGAAUCAUUCACUUUGUCCGGAAGAAGCUCUGCAUUUGUCCCGGACAUGUUCCGGGGAAACUUUCAUUAGCAACUGUUUACUCACCAAUACUGAUAACUUCAUUGCGGGAAGAUUGCGGGGAAGUUGUUCAGAAUCCUGCAACUUAUACCCGAUGCAAUGUCCGCAGCUUUUCCGGAACUCGUCCUGGAUAUGAACUGAGACGGGCCCUAAUCAGCAAUACAGUCAAGCUUGGUAGGCUGUUCCUCGUCCAACCAUCAUUCUUUAACCAGUUUGCGCCGGGAUUAUUUUGACAAGAACGAAACGAGGCGUGGAAUUACUUGUCACUCGACCUCAAGCCAGGCGGGUUGAAGCCAUCACCCUCGGGCAGCACACUCAUAUUUCCGGCCUCGCUCGCUGUGAGCGGGUCGCGGACAGAUAUUUCUGGCCUCGCUCCCUGCGUGUUUAUCUGUCAUCUGUUCCGAAUACUGCAAAACUUUUGUGUGAAAACACGGCCCCCGGCGCGAACUGGUUAACCGGCAUUUGAGUUAAACAAUCAUUUAACUAUGGUUUCUGAUCAAACUUAUCUUAACAAUGGUCUUGUUUUUGAUAGUGUAGCAGUUAUAACUAUUGUACGAAUCACAGACUUGGCAAGCUUCCGAAGGUUUGAAAAAUUGUGAGAGAUAACUGUAAAAUCAGCUCACAUAUGUGUAAAUUUUGUGAAGUCUUUUAGGACUUUCACUGAAAAUGAUGUGGGUGCCAGUACUGUUUAGAUAUUGUGCAGCUUUAUAUUCCUGAAUAGUUCUUCCAUGCUAAGAGGCCAUCAACUUUUUUUCAUCAUUUUCAAGAGCGAACGAACCGUAUACUGGGGGAGGGGGUUAAUUAGAUGGCCUUCUACACUUCUAAAAAUCACUCAAAAUGAUAAUACAUGUGCCUUUCUCCAUGAUAAGCAGAGAUUUAUCAAUUUUUCUUUUUCGGUUUGUACUAGUAUGGGGAAAGGGGUCUCUGUACGCUCGUGAAAAUGAUGAAAAAUAAUUGGACGGCCUCUAAGCAAUAUUUGUAAAUUCCUGUGCCUUGAAAGUGCGUGAACCAUUUAAAUGCUUCCCUACGCUAGAUGUAUGUUCAUUAUAUUGUUCUUCUGGCCUUAGAUUAUGUACAUUGCCUUACCAGUGAAAAGGUGCCUUAAAAAGCAGAGAAUUUCUUUUGCAACGUUUUGUUUGCCUAUCAAUAUUAACCUUAACUACCCCAACCCUUCAAAAUCCAACUGCAUGUUUUUUUGGAAUCUGUUGGAGUGAGUACUGCACUAGUAAACUGAUUCUGCUUUACAUGGGGUCAGGCAUACCACCAUAAUCAGAGUCCAACAGUUUGGGUGUUGAUGGUGUUGGAUUUUGCAAGAGUGAGGAAGGUUCCUAGUAAAUCACUCAAGGGGUUAGGGGUAAAUAAUUGUCGUCGUUUAAAACAAGUAAGUCACAUUUAAAACUUACUUGACAAUUCCUGUCAUUCAAAACUAAAAUUCUUUUUUGAUAUUGUAUAAAGUGAGAUUUAUGUAUAAAUGAGAAUUUUCCGUUUUUAAUCAUCGAAUCAAUUUUGGAUACAACGGUGUCAGUGAUCAAUUUGUAAAAAUCAAGAAAUGCCUUAGUUGUCCAUUUUAGAGCAAAGGUGUAAAAAGUAUUCAAGUAUCUGUGUGUAUAUAUUUGCUGCUAUUAAGAUAUGCAAGGAAAAAAUGAUAUAGUUUUUCUAAGAAAAAGCAUUAUUAAAUAUUAAAAGACGAAGCAUUAAUUAUUUUGGGAAUUUUUGAAAGGGCGGCUACGAAACUGGUUUUUGACAAUUGAACACUAUGUGUUUGCAUAAUGUAUGUGGGUGCAUUUAA